UGUUGGGCUCAACAUGGCCGCCGACCGAAAAUUUUGUAAGGAAAUUAGCCCUUUGUGUUUUCUCCAUUCAUGUGCGUGAAAGUAGUAAACAACCCCGUUGCCACAAGCAACGUGAUAUUAAAAUGCUAAACAAAACUUGGUCUUGAAAACAAUAGCGCAAUUUUAUGAAAAUUUAUGAUAAGGACAGUGUUGCGUGGUCGACGAUGGCUGAUUUUGGAUACUGCUUCGGAACCUUUAGGUUUUGGUGUUAAUUCAAUACCUCGCGGGUACCUAAUCCUGACCUUGUUUGUAUUAAUAGUUCUAUGGGUUGCGGAACCUCGAAGCCUCCAGUUGUAAGCACUGCACAUCAAACACGAGCACCUUUGCCCUCCAAAACUCACGACGGUAAACCGGGGCAGCAUCGAAGCAUCCAACAGGAUAGUCGCAAACCGGAGAAUCCGCGCAUCGAACAGAACGAAACUGAAAACCAGCACGAGUUUAUCGAAAGUAGUGAAUUUCACCCACUCUCCUACGAAGAAGUCGCAGCUUUACGUCCAAGCGAUCCUGAAAAUAUGUGGGCGAUUGUGAAGAAGACAUGUGACAGAAACAGGGAAUGGAGGCUGGACUCGGUGAAGAAUCGACGAGGUUGGAAAACGAUAAGACUCUUUGUAUCUUCAACUUUCCGUGAUUUUCACGCCGAGAGGGAAGCUCUUGUGAAAGAGGUGGGUUGUAUUAUACACGACAGAAUACAAUCGAUAGAAAAUAAUCUAUCCGCUGAACCAAAAACGGUGCUUACGAAGAAGUCUCGCAGUAGACGAAAGAAAGAGGUUUUAAGCUGAUUGCUUACAGCGUUUGAUUUUCGUGUGCUUCAUUCCUCUUGUAAGAUGUAAAAACCCUACUUGAGAGCGUUUUCUGUAUAAAAUUUCUGCUUUAUUUUCAUGUAUAACCUUAAACGAUAACUCAAAGUUCUGUCCCGUUCUAAAUACCAGUAAUAGACAACAGUUAAAUAUAUAAUGACUGUUGACAAGAACGGUUUGAUCAGAACCAUUUUCUUACUCAUAAAGAUUAGAUCGUCGUAUGAGAGGAGAAUAACGACUCUAGAGUCUGGACUCUUAAAGACCACAAUGAAAGGACAUUCUUACUCAGAUCGUCUUAUGAGGAGAAAAACAACUCUAGACUCUAGACUCUAGACUCUAGACUCUUUGAGACCACAGUGAGAGGACAAAUUUUCUUUUACCAAGAUUGUGUUGUGUUAUUUAAUUAGUAAUCAAAACAAGAUGGCGAAUUUCUAUCAAGCUACCUUGCUGUAAUCUGACCUACAAAUUAAUUUAUUGCCCAAAUCUUAAAUUUACAAGAUAUUGGCAUCUUAAUACCAUGUUCUAAGUUUUGCAUAUUGAUAAAAUAUGAGUAUAUUUGCAUGUUAAACUGUAGGGAAUGGAUUAGGUACUUUUGUCAAUUGCUUUGACAACAUGUUAUCAUCAAGUCUCAGCGAACAAGAAAUGCCAUCUGCUGUUGCCAUGGAAAAGCUUACUUCAUUUUGACAAGUACAAAUUCACUAAGGAAAUGAGUAAUUCAUGUAGCAACUCUUAUUUCUCUUCAUCUUGAUGCUCUUGUUUGUAACUUGAAAAAGUGUUGGUUAAUGGCUGAGAAAUGAUUUUCAUGAUUUACAUGCAAAAUUGUUUGCACUUAUUUAGAAUUUAAUGUACUCAUUUGCAACAGUGUAAAUGAGAUCAAAGACUUGAAUGGUGAAAUGUUACACCUAAAUCAAUAUGUAUAUCACUUUUUUACAUGUACUUUUUCAAAUGAAUUUCAUGUUGAAAUAAUUUCAAACUAGUCUAAUUUGUAUUUCCUUUGUUUGAGAGAUUAAUUGGUAAUGAUUUUUUAACAAAGAACAGUACAAACAAGCAAGUUUGAAAUCAUUUAAGAAAUAUUUUUUACAAAUAUUAUUUCUCACAUCAUUACAGUAUAAAAGUUGAUCACAGAGAGAUGUAUCUUAGAAGCAGGUUUAUAACAUAGUUUUGAGAAAUUUUUAUCAUGCUGUUUCAAAAAUUUGUCCCUAGGUUUUCCCAGACCUGCGUCUUUGGUGUGAACAAAGAAAACUUCACCUUGUGGAGUGUGACUUAAGAUGGGUGAGUGUUAAUCUACCAUGAGAAUUAUUUGACUAGCUGAACAAUGGAGAGUUAAAUUAACCCAAAGAUGGCAAAAGCUUUUAGAAUUUUGUUAAACGAAGGGCUCAAUGCAAAAUAUGCAAACUACAUGUUGUUACAAGAUACUACAAAAUAACUCCAUGAAAACUUCUGAAACAAAAGUUAGUGAAAUUACUAGAGUUGCUCAAAAACCUUUUCAGACUUAAAGGCAUAUUUUUGCCAAACCUAAUGAACUGACGCUAUAUAUUCUAUUCCAUGCAAUGACUAUGAUAACAAGUAUAUCAGACAGACCUAACAUUAGUUUGGUACAUGUUUGAAAGAGCAUCAAAAAGCAGGCCUCUUUUGCAAAAAAGAAAAUUCAGCUUUGCUAUGCCUAACUAACCAUACAGGAUAAGUUUAAAAUUAUCACCACUAUCAAUGUUACCAUCAGCCCCUUUGUUUGGAAGCCUGGCAUAUUAACUCCACCUAAGUUCCUUUAAAAUUGUGAUGAUGGCAGCUUACUAUCUGACAUCUAUUUACAUCUUGUCAGAAAAAAGGGCAGUUAAUUAGUGAACAUAUAAAAGGACCUCUUGCUGCAGCAAUUAGAUCACUCCCUGCACAUGACUGGUGUUGAAUAGAAAUGGAUUAAAGGUUGUUCUGUUUCCAAUUUAGGGAGUUCCUAAAGAUAGUUCAACUGAACAGACUAUCAAGAUCUGUCUUGGCGAGCUUGAUCGUUGCUAUGAAGAUAACAUUGUGCCAUAUUUUCUUAAUCUCAACUGGUAAGCUUGCCUUAUUAUUGCUGCUCAUGGGCAAGUUGUUAGCUAUAACACCAAAGAAUGUCUUGUGCAUGGUAGAGCCGAUUACUUGUUAUUUCACAAACCAAUUAUAUUUAACCCUUCAACUACCAUAAAUGAAUAAGACUAAAUUUCCCCUUACAACAUCAAUACAAUAUCAAACAGACAAGUGAUGAGGGUAAAUAAAAAUAUCAAUUACGAUUUAACUGAUUUUAUCCAAUACUAAGUUCUCUGAAUUGACAUUAUAAGAAUUGUUUGGCAGACAGUAAAGAGAGUUUUUUAAUGUAAUUUUUAAUUUUCUAAUUUUCUUUUUACAAAGGUAUUCUAACAUAUCACAUAUUACUUUAAAAUGAAAUACCUUAUAGGAAUGCAAGUUAAAAAUUUUAAGAAUUAUGGAUUUUCAAACUUACAUACAUGUAUUGUACUGAUGCUUAUUAUUAACUAACCCUGUGACUUACUUGGUUAAUUCAUGCAUGAUUUACCUAAAAGUAUUAUAAUUUAUUACAGCUAUCUGGUAAUGUAUCCUUUUUCUUAAUGAAGUGCAUGUCAAUCUAAUCAACAGUUCAUGUUGUUAAAAUGGAUUUCCUAAGGAAUAUAUCGACCUGAAUCCCUAUGAUACAAAGAUUAUGCUUACAAGACCUUUUACUGACGGAUACAAGCCAUUGUGGCAUGAAAUUUAAAAUAGAGAAGGAGUAUCCUAUUCUCCAUGUGAGAAGGAUUGUAUUCCAGUCAAACCAACCCCUCCCUUUAAAGACUUCUUUCCAAGUUCCCUUAAAAGUUCUUUGGUGGAGUGUGACAUCGUCCGAAGCAAAUAUCUUCUACCAGUCUAGAUUGUGACAUGUUCACCCUAAUUUACCCUGACAAGGAUAAAACAAUCACAAGAUAUUUUUUUUAUUAAUAGUUUUUUUUUUAUUAAUAGUGCUCGUGCAGGCUGGAUACCAACAUUUGGUGACCUAACAUAUAAUUUAGCUGUGCAGUAUGGCUGGGUUUAUGGCUUGUCUCUUACAGAAAUGGAAAUUGUACAUGGCGCGUUUCGCAAGUGCAACCCUAAUGGUGAGUAAUUGGUUUAAAAACUACUUGUACAAUUUAUUUUGGGGAUUCCAAUAACCUUUUCAUUUCUAAAAGUGAUAGUGUAAUUUCUUUGCACUGUUCUAAAACAUAUUCAUACAAUGAAUGUAUUGCAAUUGGUGAAAUGAGGCUUGUGGGUGCAAAUUCUUAUUCAAGGUACCAUGAUCUCAUUUAUUGGUCACUGACAUGAAUAAAAUCUAGUUUCUCUUUAAAAACCAUGUCUUUUCUUCCAAUAGGAGCACAAAAAUGAGAGUACCAUUUAUUUCUACUUUCCCAGGGUUGUUAAAAUAAGCUGGCAACUGGUGCAUUUCAUAGUCAUCUCUGAAAAAUCAAAGUCCCUGUACUCAAAAUCUUUGUGACAACUCUGUUUCCGUUUCUUUUUCUUCUCCUAAAUGGGGAUGAGAGGUGAUAAGAUGGUGGGUAGAGAGAAGCCUGGUGAUGAACAAGUAACCUUGCAAUCACUUUACCUGUGUAUUUGGUGUCUUCUUUUUCUUUGGUGUGAAGGGUAAGAAGUACACCAAAGUCUGUCACCACCCCACACCUUUUUGCUCUUUGCCCUUCACCUUCCACUGACCCCCCCCCUUAAUAGUCUUUUUACUCACCCUUAUAUUUGACCUGUGGCCUAUUGUUUGUUUAUUGGCAUCCAACCAGCCCCAUACAGGUGUUUCACAUUAGUUACUCACAACUAACAUGUGCUCUUGAAUCAUGAUAAAACGGUAAAUUCUGUACUGGAGCUAAGUGGCUCAUAUGCAUAUCCUGGUUUCCAUAGGAUGAGGGGAGUAGAUAUUACUGCUCCCACUCUCAGGGAUACCUGUCCAUUGCAAAGUUAUUUUCCCCCUAGACCCCAAGUCCACACACAAAAAUCAAUGAGCCACUUUGUUUAUCUGGUGAAUCAUGACUGAUUAUCAACCCUGAUUCCAUUUCAGCUCUAUUCCUGAUCAGAGAUGAUGAGUUCACAGAAACCCUACCUAAUGAAAUCAAAGAUGCCUUUGUAGAUGACAAUGCCCUGUGCUCGGAAAAAAUGAAGAAACUUAAAGAAAUGCUAAAGGAACAUUUCCCUGUAAGUUUGCUCUUAAACAAGGGGAGAAAUACAUAUCACUUGAAUCUUUCUUCAAGAGUAGAGGGCAACUUGAAAAGUGAUUUGAACAAUUUUGAGAGGCUGGAGUGUUUUGAUCCUUUCUAGUAUCAUGAAAAAUUACCCUUUAUGGCCCCAAGCCCAUUUUUUCAAAUAUAAAGUGUAAAAUUCAACUGUAAAAUAGUCGGCAGUAAAAAGAAUUGGGUUCCCCCCUCCAACCGAAAAAAUCCCUAAUAUCAAUGGGAGGUCAUUUCACGUGCAGUACAUGAAUUCUAGUGAGCUGAACGAUACUCCUGUAACACUUUCGUUUACCACAUUGGUGCGAUCACUUAUUUGCCGAUGAAAAGAUUGUAAAAAACGAUCAAGAGACAGAGAAUGAAGAGACUCAUAUGUCUGCUGGUAGAAACGAUUUACGAAAAAGUUGUUGUGACGGGGUAACAAAAUUGGUGCUGUGUGUGUUGUGUUUAAGGCUGAGAACAUUGUUCACUACAAAGUUGAUUGUGACGCUAGCAGCGUAAAAAAGAGUGCACAGCUACAGGAUGAGAGGGAAGUGAAGCUGAAUGGAAUAAACGGCUCAGAAUCAGUCUUUUACAAAACAGUGAGUUUGAUUGUAUUACUCUUGGUUUUGGAGUUUCUUUAACUUUGUCUGUUGUGCUUGUAACGUGCAUUCAGAUGUUAAUGUCGAUCUCCUGUUCUUCUUUAGGUUUUUGAUUUCUUCAAAAGUCGUAUUGAACACCAGUAUCCUCUCGAUCCAACCCCAGAAGAUCCGCUUGAAGCUCAAAAGACAGCACAUGAGGUUUGACUUUGGUUUUCCUGUACGCCCUCAUAUAAAUAACUUGGGGCUGCAUUAAAACACUCAGAAUAACAGAUGGUUUGCAGACUGAAGAAAAAAUCCCUUUCCUGGAUAUGUAGGCUGUGUUUUCAGAACCUCACAAUUUUUUUAUGCAUCAGUUAAACACUUAAAGACAGGCUGUUAUUUGAAAGAUUGUGUUGCUAUCAUAAAUCUCCUUUGCUCCCUAUUUUUUGUUGUAGUCAUUUUUGGACACUCGAGGACAAGUGGUUCUUGGAAGAGACAAGAUUCUUGACGAGGUAGGUACAAAGGAGUUUUAUGAAUUAAUUUAAGUAUAAUAUGGAGAGGGAAUCCUUCAAAACUUUCCACGUUUUAUCUCGUACGUCCUGUUUACUGAGUGAGUGCCUGAAUAGUGCUAUGAUAAGACUUCCUCUUACGCUGUGCGAAUGUUUUGUUUUUCUAGAUAGCGAACUACAUUGUGAACGACUCUUCCAAUGCACCGUUGCUGCUUAUUGGUAACGCAGGCUCAGGAAAGUCAGCCAUUAUGGCCAAGAGUGCCAGUGAUGCUUUAGCUAAGGCUGAAAGAGGAGAACUGCCUGGGGCCAAGUAAGAAAUGAAACUAAACUUAUGAAAGAAAUGAUUAAAAUCCAUGCCAUUGAGGUUGAUAUUGCUUACAUUUUAGGGUUCAAUUUACACCUCUUAACGUACAGAUGCUACUUAUCCUCAUUCAUUUUUACAAAUUCAAUGAAUUUAAUCAUAAUUCGCCGAGUGGACGAUAUAUGAAGAUAAAGAUCAUCCUCUCAGGCGAACUGAAAAAUUCAGGUUUCGACGGGAUUCGAACCUCUGCCUCCCUGAUACUUCUAGGACGCCACGAGCGACUGAGCUACAAAACUGCAUGCUUGGAGCAAGGCAAAUUUUAGUGAAUUCGUCGUUCCCGUAUGAUCAUAAAGAAAAGACAGAAAUCAUAUUUUGUCUAGCGGACGAUAUACAGUACCUUUUUUAGGAAUAUCUGUAACCUUUUACGCUUUAACACUUGUAUGCAUAUUCAUUAUACUAUUCUCUAUACAUAGAAUUGGUUGAGCAAUCAAGCGCCUUUUUAAUUGAUGGUCAUUUCAUUUAUUCUCUUGACCUUAAUUGUGUAAUUCAGGGGUGAUAUUGUAAGGAGAAAUUAGUUGCUUAUCACUCUUGGGAUUCAAAGGGUCCAGUUCAGCUUAUCUUCAACGAUCGUUUUUACUUGAAUAGAUUGCCACUACUUUGACAAUUACUUUAGACCCGAAUGUCUUGAAGAUAGAAGUAUUUGUUCAUUUUAUUUUUCAGGGGAUCGCCGUGCAAAGUGUUUUUUCAUUUUGUUGGAGCCACACCUGGUUCCACUGAUCUGGCUUUCUUCUUGCAGAGAUUGUCAAGGGAGAUUAAUGUUUCCAAGGUGACAAACGUGGCUUUGCAUUACUCUCUUACAUAAUUGAUGUAUUUUUUGGUUAGGUGAUUCUGUAGAGUGCUCGUCGGAAUCCAAGCCAGGUUAGUCUCGAGCGGGAGUCACAAAGGGAAACUACGACAAAAUGCAGCUGGUAUUUUUUAAUUCCGCUGAAGUUUUGCUUGGGUUGAAAAAACAAUUAAAAUUGGCAUUACCAUUUCUUUUCUUUUUGCAAUCGCUUUUAUCAAAAAAACAAUCUCGGCGAUGUCCGCUAUUAUUUUACUCACUUCACUCUUAACAUCAAAUCGAGAUUAGCCAUCAUGCGGACGUCUUGGAAAACAGACUUCCGCUCGAGAGAUAAUCUAAGAAAUUUGGAUAAUUUGGUGUUAUCAACUGAGAAUGGAAUUCCAUUCGCUCUGACCAAAGGAAACGUCAGCUUUGAAACUCUCUACGGUGGCCAAUUUACGUUAUCAACUCAGUUGAUAAACCAAAUUAUCUUGUUACACUCCUCAGCCGACCACUGACAUUUUCUUUAGAAGCUUACCGUUCUAAGAAUAGUGUUGGUGGAAUUGACAUAUUUUCUCGAAGUUUUGUAUCAAAAGCCUUUUAAAACAAAUAAACUGCUGGGGAUUACCACAUUGGGGGGGGUGUGGGGAUGGGGAUAAGCGGUAUUCUAGUAUCUCCAUAUCACAAAGACCGUACCACAGUACUCUGUCCGUAGAUUUCCCCGUCCAAUUUUGUGUGUUUUUAUCUUGUAGCGAGAUGUAGUCAGUGACUUGGACUCUUUAGUACAACUGACCAACAGUCUUUUGUCAAAUAAGAACACAAAGCCUUGUGUUGUGUUUGUGGAUGCUAUUAACCAGGUGCGCUGCUUCACUAUCUUCGUACUUAUUUUUUCCCACCAUAAAGACUUGCUUUUAUGAAGAAGGAAACCCAAAAUUAAAAGAGCGCUUUUGAAUUUACUGUCGUAAAAACUGAACCAAAGCAAUCACAACAGAUAAUCCUAGCAGGAAAAAUAUCUCUUUUAGUCAAUGAGAACUCGAAGUAAAAACAAGCAAACUGCCUGAAGCGCGGGGUUUUAAACUUACCAACUGUAGCUUGGUUUAACUCAAGAUUUGCUUUACUUUUUUAACACUUACGCUCCAAAGAUCUCAUCAGUAAUUCCCCUUACUGUCUGCCAUACAAUUCUUUUUACAUACUUUUUCAGUUGGGAGAAUGUUAAUCGGCUCUACUAAUAAUCCUAUAAUCCUAAAUUGUUAUUUUCCUUUAUUCUCAUCACCUGUCUGCUUGAUUUUGUAUUGAAAUUGCAAGGAGAAAUUAUGUCUCGGUCACUCAUGAGAGUUAAAGGGUUCUUUGUUGAUCUGCAGCAAAGGCAAAGUAAAGGGUUUGCUUCUUUCAAAAAGGGUUUAACGGAGAGGUGACGUCUUUCUUUGUUUAGAUGGACGAUGAUAAGAUCCAGUAUUUAACCAGGUGGCUACCGGAAAACCUUUCACCGAAUGUUAAGGUGGUGCUGUCCAUGAUCAAUGACACAGAAUGUCACAGACUCCUGAGAUCCUAUAAGUCUGGACCGAGAGAGAUCACUUGUGGUCAGCUUGAUUACCAGUCUAGAAAGGUAUGAAAGAACUGCUGAAAUUUUUCACAAUCCCUUGAAACUUGGUCACUGAUUCUCAAGAAUCUCCAGGAUAGAGACUCGAGUCAAACUAAAAACUCGAUUAUUGAUAUUCGAUUCUCAAAACUAGAUUCAGGUGUCGCGAAACAUCGAUUCUCGAUCCUCGAUCCUCGAUCCCUAUGAAAAGCUCUUUUAGCGUUUCUUAACUUGAGUUUAUGGAACUGGUUAAGGCUUAUUACUUUUUCUUUUAUUUCUUUAGCUUAUCGUUGAGAACAUUCUAAGACUGUACAACAAACGGUUGGAUGACAGACAGAUGUCCAUGUUGUUGGAGAAGCAGGGUUCAGCAAAUCCUUUAUGGUUAACACUGGCGUGUGAGGAACUCAGGGUGUACGGAGUGUUCAAUCUAAUGGACGAAAAGAUCGCAAGUUUGUCUGAUGAUCUGAUUAGGUGAGUAACUGCCACGGCAUCAGCUGUAGCAAUGAAGGGUAGCAGUAGUUCAACCUGUUUUGGCAAACGUCAAAUAUGUUUGUUGUAUUACUUUUAGUUUGGAAGAACAAGUUCUGACUCGGUUUGAAGAAGAAAACGGCGGUCAAGUUGUAGUAGCCACAGUAUGUCUAUUGGAGACGUCACGACACGGUCUGCUGGAAACAGAACUGCUCCAGAUGCUGGCUGAAGAAUCCACACUUACCCCACCCCCCUACGUCGAGGGUGAAUCAGAUCAGAUCACAACAACAGAAGCAACAACGACUGGCUCAGGUGAGCUGAAGUCGUUUGUCUCCCUACAGGCUCCUCAUACCAAAUAUUCAAGUUGCAGGUCAAAGAUUCGAUCAAUUAUUGAACCACUUCACGUAGAUGACGGAGGGAUUUAUGUAAAUAAUUUCAUUAUAUCCUUAGUCCUAUUUUGGUAUUAUGAUCCAUCACCAUAUCUCAAACACAGUAAAACAGAAGUUAUGCCAAGAAUCGAAUUGAAACAAAGUAUUCUAAGGAUUUUUCCAAAGGGGGAGGGGUGUCACUCUGUGUCAAACUGAGGAUACUUACGAGAUUGUCAUGUCAACCUCCAUACACCGCGUUUUACUUAAUGUGACAAAAAGAAGCUUACAAAGGAGGGGGGGGAUUCCCAGAUCCCAAGAUUCCCCUCCCAUCCUAGUUACGCCCUUGGUUUUGAACUAAAGAGUUUGUUCACCUCGCUUAACCGAAAAAGAAAACUGACAAUGAUUCAUUCUUAACACAAAAUCAUUUUACUGAUUGAAGUUAUUUAUAAAUACAGAAGUGAGAAAAAUAGGGAAAAAAUAUUUAGUGUUAUCAUCAAAUCAUUGUUAAGCGCCCCGCUUUUAUGAAAAUGUCUUCCUUUGACGUUCCUUUGAUUCUUGCUGAGAGGUAAAAUUACAAUGGAACAAAUUUGCGGAAAGAGUAAAGCAAUUAUUUAGAUAUCUGUAAUGCAAUAACUGCGCACGAAUAUGUUUGUAAACGAGGUAAAUUUUCAAGUAGUGUUGUUAUUCACAGUUUAUUAAUACCUGUAUCACAAGUUUCAUGUGGGUGAUGCCUGACGAUGGACUCACGUUCGAAACGUCAGCUUUCGAAAUUCUUUGCGGUGGCCAAUUUACAUUUUGAACUCGGUUGAUAAAACCAAAGUGUCUUGUAAAACCCCGCAGCGACGCAGCACCACAGUUUCUCUAGAAACUUACAUCCCAAUUAUUUAUUUAUGUUAAUUACUGUUUUUGAUUCGUUCGUUUGUUUUCAACUUUUAGCUCCAGAUCAUAAUCUAACAGUAGCAGACAAACUGGCCAAGCAGGUGGACGAGACAUACAUACAGAAAGACGAGGACAAAGGAGAAAAGGAAGAUGAAGCGAAAAAAGCUACUGGCCGGAAACAAAAGAACGAAAAGAAAUUUCUGCCGGCUGUCAAAUGGGCGUUGGUGUACCGAGCCUUGAAACCGCUGCUUCGACCGUGUGGAGACUUGGGCGAGGGAAGAUUGGAUUUCUAUCACAGAUCUAUCAGUAAAGCUGUUAGGAGAAAGUGAGUAUCGGGUAUUUUUCCAACGACAUUUUUCCUCUCCUCUUCUUACCGCUCGUAACUCUGUAUGUGUUUGUUUCAAUAAGGGAGGAGUUGUUGUCCUUCUGUUACGCGACAGUAGGUUUCUCCCUCACCCCAGUAAUAAGAGCCUCUGUGUCCCUUACUAAACAUUUGGAGUCAACCCUUUACCGAGUAGAUGUAGAUAGGAAGACUCUCGGAGGAAGUUUCCUCGUCUAAGACCCAAUUAAAACAGAGCUUUGACAAUCUUAAUGUUUUACGUCAAACAUCCGCUCACAUGUAUUGUACUUGCUUGAAACACUACCUUUUUCCAAAGAUAGUGUUUUUCGAUGAUUACCGCUUGGAGAAGGUGAUGGUCACCUUAGUUUACCAGUAUUUCCACCAAACACUGAAGAAGGAAAAAAAUUCAAAUAAUUGUGCAUGGUUUGAAUUGAUUGUACAAUAAAUAAUAGCAUGACUCUGAUUUCAAUUUAAUUUUUUUUUCAUCAAGUAUGACUGUGUCAAAUUCUCUCCAUGCAAAGGUAUUUCUCAGGAUCAGAGGGAUAUACAAAACAUCAGUAUACUUUCUGGCAUGGAAAACACGCGGAGUUCUUCGAAGGAAGUGAAGAUUUUGAUCGCAAAUCAGAGGUAAACUUCUGUAGAAAGAGCCCUGUUCUGAAUGCUGAUUAGUCAUUCGCCUAAUUUCAUUGGUAACUUGAUAACAGUUUUUUUUAAUCGCGCUUGGGAAAUGUCACCCUGUAGUACUAUCCCGCUUCCUUUUGGUAAUACUUUUUUGUCUCACCAAAAUUAAGAAUUGAAAGGAUAUGAGAUUGAAUAUGAAGCUGAUUACAGAGUGUCCAUGCGCUGACUAGCUCAGAAGAAAUUCAUGUCAGUUAUAUCUUCCGCGGACCACUCUGAGUUCUUAGAGAAAAGUAAUAAAUAAAAUUCUUUGGCUUUCGAAGUUUUGCUUCUGAAUGGUUAAAUCAAAUUUUUUUAUCAAGAUGGUUUUUCUUCGAUAUUCGCUUAUAGCUUUUAUUCGACCCCACCCCUCCACACCGUAACUUCAGGUUACAUCUUCCCCAUACUGUUCCCUAUACAUUUUUAUGGUACUGACUAAGAGAAUUUGUUUUAGCAAUCAAGGUAUUCCUUUACAGGUGAUCAUUUCCUUUAUUCUCUCAUGUUUGAUUGAGCAAUAAUACUGUAAGUAGAACUUAGAUGCUUGUCACUCGAAGGAGUUGAAGGAUUAAGGUUGCUGAUUGUACAUCCUCAGGUGUGGUGUGUAACUAUCUUUUUGAUAUCCUGGUUAGGAACUACCUUAUCACCUUGAGCAGCUAUUGGACAACAACAGAUUAACAAGGUGCUUAUUAGAAUGGGAGGUAUUUGGACGGCUUUUUAACGAUGACUUCAGUAUAGACCUUCUCAGAUCGUGGCAAAAGGUAACUGAUAAAAAUAUUUAUUUAAUGUACUUGUAUAUAAACCCAGGGUGUAUAUUCUGCUUUAAAACGCUGACUGAAAUCAUGCAGAAGUGCUCAACAUAGAACUGUACAGGAAAAUUAAUAACAGCGUCGUGAGUGACAUACCGGCUGUUGCCUUCCAAACGCUUUCUCCAUAAACGUCAAUUAACCAGAAUAGCGUUGGGAAACAAUGCCUUGUUUCCAAAUCAGUAUUAGAAUCUUUUCGCUUAUGACAAAAUUCCUAUUUCGGUCGCCACCUUUCAUCCUGAGUGCAGUGAGCAAGUAAACAUUUAAUGAAGUGUAUGCGUUGUGUAACAGGCUGGUGGAUAUGCUACAGCGUCCGCUCUAUAUAAAGAAUCGUUAGUGGUGUUACGUGACUCGAAUGCCCCUAAUGAAGAAAUAGCCAAGAGAAGUGAAAUGGUUGUCAUGUUCUUGUAAGUAAACGAUCCUUAAUGAAUAUUUGUUAUCCAGAUGGCUUUUGUUAUAAAUAAAACCCUGGUGUGUGAGAAUUCCUAUAAAAGUUACGGAUAAGUUCUUUCACGGUUUUACAGUCUGUAGGGUUGUGCAAGCCUGGCCCUGGGGAGGGGGAAUACUCCGUCAAUUUGCUCAGAAGUGCGUGUGCCUUCACACAGUGUUUGUUCGAUCUUGAAUCUCCAUGUAGCUUAGUACACACACCCUCCCCACCCAGGCUUCCCCCCUCCCUCCACCCUGAAGUACAAGUUAGUACCGUAAAGUCUGUGAAUGAAAUCUUGAAUUAUGGUUUGGGGAAGACAAGAAAAAAGUUUCCUCGUCUCGUCUAGUGUCGUUCUUCACACUAAACUGUUCAUCUUAAAAAUAAAGGGGUAAGUUUCUAAUGAAACUGUGGUGCUGCGUCGGUGGGAGAGUAUAGCAGGUAAUUUAGUGUUAACAACUGAGUUAAAACGUAAAUUAGCCACCGUAAAGGGUAAAAAAGCUGACGUUUCGAGCGUUAGCCCUUCGUCAGACGAACUCAUAGGAAUUUUUUAUAGGAAUUAUCAAUCGUUCUGAUCACCUGGAACAGGCUCAAGCACUCCGUGCUUAUUCUUUUUCAUUAUGUGAUUCUAAUUUACAAGUCAUAAACCUGUGAUCAUGUCAAUGAAAGCCACUAAUAUAUUUUUUAGAAUCUGUCUGAUGUCGCAUAUCGUUAGUCGCUCCUUUCCAGUCCCUUUCAGCGAUACAAACGGACAUGCAUGUCCAACAUGAAGAGCGACGAUUGUUUCUUUUUUUUUCAAUACAGGAUCCAAGCAGGGCAAUAUGAAGACGCACACUUGCUGCUGAAUGAUUUGCUUAAACUAGAAGAGGAAAGUCUUGGUGCGCGAACCGACAAACUGGCUGACAUCUAUCAACUUAUGUCCAAGACCAAAAGUGAGGUACGCGUAACUCGUAGUAUUUGUGAACUGAUGAUUGCUUGACAUUUGUCGCGAUUGCAUGACGUUGUAACAUGUUGUGUUGAGUUCAGAGAUUUCUUUGAUUGCGGAACAAUGAUGUUGCAUUACUUGGCGUGAACAUUGCGGCUUUUAUUUUCAGGUUGUAAAGAACUUCAACUUCGUGACAAUGGAUCAACUGGAACAGGACAAGGAAAUCGUUGAAUUCUGUAAAAGGUCCCUGAGUUAUCGCAAAAAGCUUAGUGGUGAGGAACACGAGGUAUGCAACCAAACAUUUUUCUUUUCUAAUCUGCAAAUGUUUCCGAUAAGUAUAAAAAAUCUCUCAUUCACAACAAACGCAAAUCUUGUCACGUUAUUACUGUUCGCUUUAACGUUGUUCGAAAGCUUGCUAUUCUAUCUUGCAUGAUAAACCUUCAACACAAACGCGUCCAAUUUUUGCCUUUGCCAUUAUAUACUGCUCUCAAAUUUUCUUAUCCUUCCCCCCCCCCCUCCCUUUUUACUUGGCCUGAACGGGGCAUGCCAUCAUUCGGCUUAUGGUUUUCGUGUCUUUAUUCCUAAGAAGGGUACAACGUUUCAAGAUUUAUUCUUGCUAGUCAGGGCUAGAUCAGAUCGAUGUGUCAUUUUCUAUCAAAUGUUUCGUCUCAAACAAGUUAAAGAGAUUCGUAAACAACUUUGCAUCAAGCAGGGUCAGGGUUUUAAAGCCGAAAAAUUACCUCGAGUACCCACUUCCUCCCUCUCGGGGAAUUCUACACGGUGUUGUUUAUUGUCUUUUGUUUAUUGUCAGCUCAUAAUCAUUCACUUGUUGUUCACACAGCACAAGACAGCUAUGAUUGACAUACUCAUUGCUCAUCAUCUGAGUAUCGUGGCCGACUUGGAGCCACAAAACUCUGAACAAACUCGAAGAGAUUGUUUCAAAUAUAUAGAUGAGGCCAUCGACAUCUUCAUGAGGGUAAGAUAUCAUUUUUUUCUACUUUGUAAUUUUCUCCUUAUAAUUUUGAGAGAUGUGACAUAAACACUCUCUGUGUUAGAGAUAACUUCCUCAUUAAAUCAUGCAGAGAAUGGCAUCUUGGGAUUGUGACGACAAUACCUGCUUCAAUUCACUUUGGUAGUAUUCUUGCUUUGUAAACCUGUUCUGUCUCUUUUCCUUUGUAGCAUGGAGACAUGGGACACAUGGCAGAGGCGAUCAUGACCAAGUCAUUCAUUAAUCCACGUCAUCGAAAACAUUUCAAGGAAAAAGAAGAGGUAUUUGAAGUUUCAAUCUCAUCAGCCCUUCCUUUGAUUUUAUCUUUGUUUUCUUUUUUGUUUUGUCCUCUCCUGGUCGUAUAAGAAGUAGUUUCUCAGUCUUCAAAAUUUCAUGGAAAUACACUUUUCGUGUACUUUCUUCAUAGCUGUUAGUUGAACUUCGUAUGUUAGUAAUAGAGUGGGUUACAAAUUGGUGUUUAGACGACGGGUAACCCUUCUUUCCUUGCGUAGUCAGUCGCGCGCGAGUCAAGAGAGAGCGUCGAGAGUCAGUAAGUUUGUUUCUUAUUUCUGGCGUGGCCCGGACUUCUCGCUGAGUGCUCCCUAAGAAAUUUCGGACAUCUCGAACCGCGAACAGCGAGAAGAUUUGGGAAGAUUGCCUUUCUUUCCUUUCAAUGUGUUGUUCACGUUGUUCAUGAAUGGAGAAUCCCAAUAAUCAGUCAUCUCGAACCGCAAAAAUUUGUUCCCUUGAAACACAGAUUAUCGCUAAUGAAACUUGAAAAUAUUGAAUGCUAAACGGUCGGUGUUUCCUUUCCCCUCUUAAGUUUACAUUCAAGCCCUUCGUUUAUUUUAACAUUUGUUUUGUGCAGAUGCUUAACAGAUCCUUUGAGUUAUGUCUCAAAACUUACGGUGAGAAGCAUAUGUUGACACUGAGGCUUUAUCUAAACAUUGGCAUCCUAUACGAAGACAACAGAGAUUUUCAGAAGGCCUAUGAUUACUUUGUUAAGUGGCAUGAAACGUGUCAAGAGGUGAGAGAAUCGUUGAAAUGACAUUUGAUUCGGUCAGAAAUGAAAGGGACUGUAGCGCUAGCUUGUUUUAAGUGUUCAGUUAGUAAAACAGAGCGUCACAGUAAACGGUGCGAUAGUAGCGGCAGUGCGAAAAUGAGGGAGGCUUGGGUCGAGUCGCACAUUAUGCGACCCGACCCAAACCUCCCUCUUUUUUUCACUUCGUCCCCAGUAUCACGCCGUUUUCUGCCGCGCUACGUUUUACUGAUUAAACUAACUGAACUCCUGGAACAGGCUACUCUAGGGCGGGGUAAUAUUGCGGCCUAAACCUACACAAAACGGUGAUGAUGGUCCAGCUUGUUCGACGGAAAAGUUUAUUUAAAAUUGCCCUGUUUUACACUUCACAUUGUCCAAGAAACUUCUACGCGGCCCAGAAAUCCUGUAUUAACCUUUGACCCCCUAGAGCGACCAGCAUCUAAUUUCUCCUUACAAUAUCACCCCCGAAUCAAACACCAAGGAAAAGUGAAUAUUGGAAUGAUCACAAACUAGAGAGGCCCUUGAUCGUCAAUCAAAUUCUCCAUGUCAGCACGUUAGGAAAUGUAUUUAGAACAGUAUGAAGAAUAUGUAUACUGAUCAGUGUUUAGGUGUAAAGGGAUUUUACUUGCCGUUUUUUAAAUCCUUCUCAUCCUUAGCCGUCCAGGUUCGUUCUUGGGCUAUGAUUGCCUCUUCUGAAUUUUCUUUCUAGUCAAAAAGUACCUUUUGUUAGUAUUUACUUAAAUCUUUUGUUGAUCGCAAAAUCUUGUCUUUGUCAAGUAUGGAGGUGAAAGUGGCCGCUUUACUCCAAAAUUGUAUCUUUUUCUUAGAAUAUAUGAAGUUCUCAUUUGUGAUGUGCUUUUCAAGGAAGAUUAAGCUACAGCUUUUGCUGACAUUUAUUUUAACGCUUUAUGUUCAGGUGCUGGGACCUUCACACCCAAAAACAGGGCGCGCCCGCGAUACUUUGAACGAAGCGACGUACGUUCGCAUCCGAGAACAGAGAGAACGACAGGCCGCUGGCACGGCUUAAGGGAUAACUAGUGUCAGUCACUCACUUAAUACAUUCACUACGUACCUAUAAUUUGAAAGCAGCACUAAGGCCACUAUUAAAAUAAGUGGUAGUUGAUUAGGGACUCAGACAAGACUGUCCUUUGUGUCCUUUGGUCACUGCUAUUAUGAUGACCCUGGGUCUAAAGUAAUGUAGAAAAACCAACUUUGAUUUCGUCUACUUAUCGCUCUAGGCGUUUAAAUUAGCUGCCACUUUUCCUUCCGCGUCAAACGCCGCCCUUCGAUUCUUUUAAUAAGCCCUUCUUCUCUCUAGGAAGCCCUCUCCUACUCCCACCCGGCUGGACGCGUUAGAUAUCACUAAACCUCACGUUUUUGAAACAUAAAUUACCCGUUCUGGUAACGGGUAUGGCGUGUAGUCACUUUUCUACCUAAUAAGUAACGUUCUUAAGUGAUGUUUGUGAAGUUGAAGUUAACGUCUUGGAACACAGAGGAUACUCAAAAUAAUGACC